UGCUGACCUCUCUUCCUUUAACCAUCAGAGCGGCUACAGAUCAAAAGCAACCAUCAGCAUAUCUGGACUUCUAUGGCCCCAGUAUUAAAUCUUAGUGGGAGUGAACAGCGGCUGUUCUUAGAAAUGCAGCUGCUCUGAGACGUGUGUUUGCAGUGUGUUUGAGGUGGAUGUCUCUCCUGAACCAUGGCAGCAGCUCUGCCGGUGUGUUACCACGGUGCCAUCACCAAGACGGAGUGUGAGGAGCUGCUGGGAAAGAAACACAAGGACGGAGCCUACCUGAUCCGAGACAGCGAGACCAUCCAGGGAGCCAUGUGUCUCUGUGUUUAUAAACAGAUGGUGGUGUAUACGUACAGACUGCUGCAGACACACACUGGACACUAUACUCUCAUGACGGCGGGAGGUUUAAAUGAGACAUUUUUUAAGACUUUGGACGAUCUGGUCCGUCACUAUAAGAAGAAGAACCAGGGCCUGGCCAUGCACCUGCGCCACUCCGUCAAACGGAAGACGGCCUUGUUGAUCAAACCCCAGAAACCUCCUGAGACACCGGAGUCACCGAGGAAGCCUUCGUCUGAGGAGGAACCCGACUAUGAGAAUGUUCCUGACUCUGAAUACGUCGAAGUCUUGCCUCCCUGAACAUCUCUGACAUUCAGCGUCAAGGAGAAUGAAAAAAGUGUCUAAAUGUUCACAGACUGGAUUCAAUUCAGAAUAAUGGAUGAAGGCACUUAGACAAAAUGUAUAUCCAGUAAAAGCCGAGAAAAGGACAAUUGCUUUGGACUUCAAAUGGAAAACUUCAAAUAAUUUGGUCACGCACAAAUGAUCCUCAAUUCUGUUUUUAAUAUCUUGUAUGAAAUGGAGUAGGUGUACAUAUUUUUUAUACAUUUUUUAUACAUGCCCAGCUGCAGACUCUCAGUCUAGUUCUAAGAAUAACUGCUCUUUUAUUUUCUGUUAUUUCUGCGGCUGCUUUGCGUCUGUACAUCCGUACAAGGUCUGUUUAGUAUGAGGGAACUGAAACAUAUCUUUGACUCCAACUAUGAGAUGCUGGCUUAUCAAGUAGGGAGUGAACAGAGUUCUGAUGGGAACUGGUGUUUUUGUAGUCAACAGGAAGUUAGCUUCACUGGUUUGCCUCACAAAAGGCAAAGUUCCUCCAUUGGUUUUUGGAUUAUUGCAGAAAAUAUCCCUGUGUCAUACAGACAUUUAUGAUAUUUACGUCAUAUGUUCAUCAGGAUAACCUCCACGAAUGAACACCUCUUUUAUGAUUUUUGAAGCUUGAAUACAAUCAGCAGAAGGGAAAAGCUUUCGUUGACCUAUAAAGGAACUCCACCACAUGACUUCACCUCACCACAACGAGCUAAAGGAGGACUAUUGUUCUUAAUUUCGACAUUUUUGGUAAGACACUUAAAGGGGCCGUUCACAUGUCGUGGUUUUUUUUCGCCCUCAAAACCACUGCCUGUUUAUAAGAGGUGGACAUUAUGAAACCCUGAGUUUGGGAAAUGUGCUGACGCCAUCUUGGAUUACGGUUGUUGUUUUUUUUUUGAGUGAUGUAGAGACGCUGUAUACAUCUCUGGUGUCGACCUGUCAAUCACAGUAGCCCCGCCCUAAAGCAGACCCUGCUUUAUGGUCUGUUUGACUCUAAAUGGACCAUAUCUUCCUAAAUGAACAUCAUGACAGAAGACUUGAAACUAGAGAUUGAGACCAUAAACUCAUGUUUACAAUGUUUACUGAGGGAAUAAAUCAAGAGAGAAGUAGAGUCAUUUUCUCAUAGACUUCUAUACAACCAGAGGAGUCGCCCCCUGCUGGAUAGUUGAGAGAAUGCAAGUAGUAAGACACUUGCAGCCACGGCGCAAAGACCUUACCUCAGACAUCGAACCAAAAACACAUUGAAAAAACAAACAGGAAGUGCAAAAGAUGCUGACUCAUAUCUGCGUUUUGGAACUCAUUCCUGCAGCUCUCUAUUAGAUGCAUAUGACACAUCCAAACUUUAAUGCAUGUGAAAACUCUUGACUUGUUAAAGGACAAAAUUCCACUCAGAUAUCAAAAGAUCUGCCGUCCAGUCAUCCAACACAAGGACAGAUUCAGGUUUUUUUUUUUGUGAUAAAAGCGUCUGCUAAAUGACUGUAAUGUAAUGUAAUGUAAUGUAACCACUUUAACCACUUGUAGCUUCAGGCUUAAACAGGUUAUUUGUUGGUCUUCAGAGUCUAGAUGAAUGUAGAAACCCACAGAAACGUUUUAAAAUGUUUUAAGGAUGAGAACUGUUGCUUUAUGUCAGGUUUUACUUUAUUCUUAUUUAUUAACAAAAGCACCAGAAGCAUCAAGUGGCUGAAAAUGAAAACAUAAAUGUGGCAGUUUUUCUUCGUAUUUUAUUUUUCCACUUCUCAACAAAUUUGUAGUUUCCAGUUGUGUCAAUGGCUGCACACAUCUUUUUUUUUUUUUGUUAAAGAAGUUCAAAGGAAAUUCAAACUGAUUAUCAGCAGUUUAGAGUUUUAGAUCUUAGGCACAAUUUACAGUUUUGAUGCAAACUCAUUUGUCAUUAUGGGGGAAAUUAACAUAUUUAAAGACUCUUCACAUGAUGUUUCUUUGGAUGUUACAGCCUACAUGUUGUUUUUUUAUUGUCAUGAAUGUUUUUUUACUUCAACAUGUUGUUGUUUUUCCGUUCCAAUAUAUAUAUUGUUGUGUGUCCACUUCUAUCUAAAUAUUUGUUUCUCUCCUUUCCUUUCAUUUCAUUCUGUUGUUGGUUUUGGAGCUCAAACUAUCAGUUGAUUUAUUAGAAAAUGAAUUGUCAACCUUUUUGAUAAUUGGUUAAUUGUUUGUCCAUGCCUUUUCCAUGUGAGGAUUCUUGUUUCUCUGUUUUAUAUGAUUUUAAAACUUAUUAUCUUUGGGUUUUGGGCUGUUGGUCCAAUAAAACAAGAUAUUGAAACGUGUCACGUUUUCUGACAUUUUAUAGACAGUCGGUCGCUCAAUACAGUUUUACUUCCUGUCUCUGGCUCUCAGCUCCAAAACCAUUGGUUUCUACUGAAGAGGAAAAUAUUUAAAAGACAGCUCACAAAUAGUGCAUUUGUUAGGGACUAUUUUCAGCGGCGGAUGAAUCCACAUUUGAUGCUCUAGUGAGUAUUUCUAUGUGUGAUUGAGUCAAAAUAAACUACAGGUGUGUUUAACGGUGUGUUUAAUGGAGCUCUAUGGAAAAGAAGAAGUAGACACAUCAAACACAAUACUUGUUAGUAGAUACAUGCAGUGUUGUUUAUGUUUUUUUCCUGGGAUUUUACAAAAUUAAUCAGAAAAUUAUGUUUUUUUCCAAUUUUUAUUUGUCUUUCUGACGAUAUUGAGCUACAAAAUAGAUUUAUCUGGGUUUUUUGACGGCCUAAAUGUUUAAAUCCAGUGAUAAACUGAACUGAGGGUUCCGGGACAGAGGAUGUCGCAUGUGUACAGAUUGUAAAGCCCU